GCAGGCGUCUCAGCGCACAGCGCACUGCGCCCGGCCGAACUGCGUCGCCUGGGAGCUGAGCGCAGGCGCGCGCGUGCGCGCCAGACCGAGGGCGCGCGAUGGCAGGUGUCGGGGCCGGGCGGCGACGGUUGAUGGGGAGAGCGGCGUUGCUGCUGCUCGCGCUGUGCGCGGCGGGCACCCGGGGGCUCUACUUCCACAUCGGCGAGACCGAGAAGCGCUGCUUCAUCGAGGAAAUCCCCGACGAGACCAUGGUCAUCGGGAACUACCGCACCCAGAUGUGGGAUAAGCAGAGAGAGGUCUUCCUGCCCUCGACCCCCGGCCUGGGCAUGCACGUGGAAGUGAAGGACCCCGAAGGCAAGGUGGUGCUGUCCCGGCAGUACGGCUCUGAGGGCCGAUUCACCUUCACGUCCCACACUCCUGGCGACCAUCAGAUCUGCCUGCAUUCCAACUCGACCAGGAUGGCGCUCUUCGCCGGUGGCAGACUGCGUGUGCACCUAGACAUCCAGGUUGGGGAGCAUGCGAACAACUACCCCGAGAUUGCUGCCAAGGACAAACUGACGGAGCUGCAGCUCCGAGCCCGCCAGCUGCUUGAUCAAGUGGAACAGAUCCAGAAGGAGCAGGAUUACCAAAGGUAUCGGGAAGAGCGCUUUCGUCUGACCAGUGAGAGCACCAACCAGAGGGUUCUGUGGUGGUCCAUCGCUCAGACCCUCAUCCUCAUCCUCACCGGCAUCUGGCAGAUGCGGCACCUAAAGAGCUUCUUUGAGGCCAAGAAGCUGGUAUAGUGUCCUCUCUGCGUGACCCGCCCUCCCACCCAGAUGUUUGGCUCUUUCCCCACCCGAUACCUUAUCCACCUGGAUUGUAAAGGAAAAAGUGAAAAUAGAAUAUACGUCGCACUGGUUCCAUGGCAACAAAGCAUCCAGGUCAGCACUUGUUAACACAGGUUCUCAAGGACACGGGACAUUGGGCCAAGCUUUCACAGGUGUCAUGGGGUUUGUGCGCAGUCAGAGCUGACCCAGGACUAAGUCUGCUUCUCUGACCUCCACUGAUUCCCCUCCGCCCUGUCACAAAAUGAGCAAAUGAAAAGCCUCUCCUCCUCCUGUAACUUGGUCUCGGUCCACUUAUGCAGCAGGUGACCUUAAUGCCCCACCGAGGAGGCCCCACCUCCCUGCUCCCGGCAGCCCGGUUCACUCAGUGGCUUCGUGAAUGUAAAUAAGGGGCAGAGACCCUAGAUUGAAAUCUUUUUCUAUAUACUAAAACUAUUUUUUGAUAAAUUAUAUAUUUUCCUUCUUAGUUGAAGUGCUGUGUGUCACUAGCUGAGAACGCCAGCAGUCCCUCUGCGUUGUUUAUCCACAUUUUUGAUCAUUACUGUGGCUGCUGUCAGGAUUUCAGCGUGCCAGAAUCGGACAUCCCAGCUGCUAUCAAGGCCUUAUCAGAGGGCCAAGCAGAGGCUCCUCUAGGACCCCUGGGAGUUCCGUCAUAUAUGGCCUCCGAGUAAGAGUGAGGUCGUGACAGCACAGGCAGGGCACUCCUCCCUUCCCUCUCCUAUCCUUUAUUUAAGCUGUGGUAAAUGUUUUCUUCAUGGAGCCAGGUUUGGUUCUUUACUACAUAGACUUUUCCAGCAAAAUAAAACGUGUUGUAGUA